AUGAAAUUGUCAUACUCAAUCGUUUCAAUUCUGCCUUUGGCGGCUCAUUUCAUUUCAGCAGAACUGAGAUGUCGCCCAGAAGGCGCAGUUCUCCCAAGACCAACAGCCCUCACCAAGUCUCCAAUCUUCACAGCUGCAGCCACCAACUUGACUGAGACUCUCAACGCAGCUCUCUCUGGCUCAAUCACCGCAGGGUGGCCUACCAGCAAUGUCUCCUUCUCACUUGCCGUCGUAAGCGCAGAUCAGGACGACCCUGGUGUGCCGAUAUGGGAGUACCAUCACCUCGCAGCCGCCAACACAAAGGGUACAAAGAGGCUGGACAGAGAUUCUCAGUACUUAAUUGGGUCUAUAACAAAGGUUUUUACGGAUUAUUUGCUCUUGAAGAGCGGUAUGGACCUUGAUGCACCGGUUACGGAGUAUCUUCCGGGACUUGAUGGGAAGUCUAAGAUUCGGUGGAGGGAUGUGAGUUUGAGGAUGUUGGCUUCGUACCUGGGUGGUACACCAGCGAACUAUGGGUUCUCGGACUUCUACUUACUGAAAGAAGUCUUCCUCGCGUAUGGUUUUCCCCCGAUUGACGACGAUGACUAUCCAACAUGUGGUGUUAUAGGUCUCAACAGGGGUUGUACAGGGCAAGAUAUGCUUUCAGGAAUGAGAGAAUCUUACCCGCAGACCACUCCCAACGAAAGACCAGCGUACUCCAACAUGGCAUUUAUCCUUCUCGGUAUGGCUCUUGAGGAAUAUACCGGUAAUACCUAUGCACAGUUACUCGAAGAAGUUGUUUCAUGUCCCUUGGAUAUGAAAGAUACUUUCCCUUCACCUGGCGAUGAUGAUAAAGCGGUAAUUCCGCCUGGGGACAGCAGCUGGGGCUCAGACUACAAAUUGAACACUCCCGCAGGAGGGUUGGUCUCUUCCCUCUCUGAUCUCUCCAAGUUCUCACAUGCCCUGCUCUCAAGAACCUUGAACAUGACCUCAACUGAGAUCAACGGCUGGCUCAAGCCCAACGCCUUUGCCGGCAAUGCAUACACAUUGACGGGCAUGCCUUGGGAAAUACUACGUCUAUCAAACCUCACACCAGACCAUCCCCAUGCUGUUACUGUCUAUGGUAAGAGUGGCGGUGCGCAGAACUACAGAAGUCAACUCAGCUUUGUUGAUGACUACGGUUUGGCGAUUAUCAUCUUGACAGCUGGUCCGAUGAAGGCGGCGCCUAUUCUUACAAAUGCUAUGCUUUCGACUUUUAUUGACGUUGCGGAUGAAGUAUCGCGUGAGCAGGUAAAGAGAUAUGAGCAGAGGUAUAUGAGCGAUCACCAAGAUGAUGUUCCGAUUGAGGCAGCACUGGCGCAAGAUAAUGGCUUGAUGAUCUUGGCGUCACUUCAUCGCAACGGUACAGACGUUCUUUCCAGUAUUACAGAUAUCUGGGGUCUUACACUGGGUGAUUUUCUUCCUGGGGUUGGACCCAAGAUCCGAGUGUUUCCAAGUCAGCUUCGUAAGAAUGCGACAUUGGAUGGGGAGACUGUUGUGAAGGAGGUGUGGCAUUUGUGGCCUGAUCUCAACUCGGGAUUCGAAACAGGCCUUCCUGGAAAUUGGAUUGAAGAGAUGAAUUGUGUUGGGUGGUCGAUUCAGGAUUGGGUUCAUUAUGGUGCUCCCACCAUGGCCGGGCCACGCAAAUCCAAACCCGCGCCCCCAAAAGGCCCAUCAACAACCCUCGUCCUCGACAAUGGCGCCUCCACCAUAAAAGCCGGCCUCAUCCACUCCUCUACGAUCCCCUCCGAGCCCCGAAUCAUCCCCAACGUGAUCGCCCGCGACCGCACGCGCAAAGUCUAUGUCGCAUCCGAGCUAGAAAAGUGUCGCGAUUUCGGCGAGAUACAGUUCAGACGGCCUGUGGAGAAGGGCUUCAUCGUCAAUUGGGAGGCGCAGAAGGAGAUCUGGGAUAGGGAGAUUUUCGAGAGGGAGGAGCUUGAGCCUAAGGAUGCGAGGCUGAUACUCGCUGAGCCGCCGAAUGGGCUGCCGAUUCUGCAGGCGAAUUGUGAUCAGAUUGUUUUUGAAGAGUAUGGCUUUGCGAGUUAUUAUCGGGGCAUAGGCUCCACGUUUAAUGCGUAUCACGAUGUGCAGAAUAUCUUUCGAACGCCGCAAGAGGCUCCUACGGUCGCUAAUACCCCCGCCGAAGCCGUCAUGGUCAUCGAUUCUGGAUACUCGCAUACAACCAUCACACCAGUGCUUCGCGGCCAACCGUUGCAAUCUGCGAUCAAACGAUUAGAUGUCGGCGGCAAGGUUUUGACGAACUACCUCACACGAUUGAUCUCUCUGCGACACUUCGAUAUGCGAAACGACACUUACAUCGUUAACGAGAUGAAAGAGCUAUCAUGCUACGUCUCCGCCGACUUCAAGGCCGAUCUCGAAAAGUCGUGGAAGGGGACAAGGGGCGAACGUCGACCAGAUUAUCUGUCCGGCGGCGGUAUCGCCAAGGAUUACAUCCUGCCCGAUUUCCACACCCGCUUCAAGGGAACUCUCGUCGACUACGAUCCCGCGCGACACUCCAAAGCCCGAAAACUAGCAGCCCAAUCCGAAGAAGACGCCCUGACCCUCCGUAACGAGCGCUUCGCCGUUCCCGAAAUCCUCUUCAACCCCUCCGACGCCGGGAUACGCCAACCCGGUCUCGCAGACCUCGUGUACGACUCCCUACAAGAACUGCCCAUUGGACUCUGGCCUGCUCUGCUAGCCAACAUUAUUGUUGUUGGUGGGAACACACAUUUUGAUGGGUUUAUUCAGAGGCUGCAGAAGGAGGUUGUGCAGAGGGUGCCGGAUGAUUGUAUUGUUAGGGUUGCGAGGCCAGCGGAUCCGGUGACGCAUACCUGGUUUGGGGGUGCGAAUCUGGCGUGUCAUACGAAUAUUGAGGGGUUGGCUGUUACGAAGGCGGAGUAUGAAGAGCAUGGUGCUUCGUGGGUUGCGAAGAAGUUUGCUGCUGGGUUGGGGACGUGA